AUGUCCAAGGCGGCGCAGCUUCCCCUGCAGCACUUCCGCUCUCGGGGAGGGAGCCGGAGGGGGCUUUGGAGGCAGCGCACAGACCUGUUCGGCUGCGCGCGGCGUCGCUCUCCUAGGAGAGCGGCAGCAGCAGCCGCGGCGGCCCCAGGGGCUCACGCCUCCCGCAACACCUCGGGGGAGCCGAGCGUGCCUCUCCUGCGAGCCCAGCACCCCCAACCUGCUCCCCGCGCGCAGCUGAACCGCCGCGUGGGACUCGCCGCCCAACAUGGAUUUCCUCCUGGCGCUGGUGCUCGGGUCCUCGCUCUAGCUGCGGGUGGCCGCGGACUUCGACGGGAGGUGGCCCAGGCAAAUAGUGUCGUCCAUUGGCCUGUGUCGUUAUGCCUCCUCACCUCCUAUGAGGUCCUUUUGUUAACUGCUCCUCACAUAACUCUUUUGCGUUGUAAUAACCUUAACCCUGCUACUCUUCUCACUUCUGUCACUGAGGAAAUCACUCACAAGUGCUUGAUGCUAAUGGAUCACAUUCUGACUCCUUGUGGUGAUCUACAAGAAGCUUCUGUGGAAACUCACCAUGGCUUACGCUCUCAUUUUUGCAAGGAGAGUGACUCAGUGGUUCUAGCAGUUGGGUUCAGAAAGAUUCUCAAGCAUAGGUUUCCGGUGAUAGUAAGAGACUUCAUGGUGGCUACCAUCCACUUCUUGAAGUCCUUGAAUACAUAUGGGGCAGAUCCAGCCUGGGUCAUGGUCUGUGGUGACAGUGUGGGUGGGGGCGUGGCAACAAUAGUUUGUCAAAACCUUGUGGACAGUUCUGAUCUCCCCAAGAUCCGUGCUCAGAUCCUGAUCUAUGCCGCUCUCCAAGCCCUGGAUUUCCAGCCUCCUUCUCAUCAGCAGAACAAGGACGUUCCACUGCUCAGGCAGAAUUUGGCCUUCUACCGUUGGUGUGGUUACCUGGACAUCAGCCCCUCUUGGAAAAGAACCGUAUUGGAAGGAGCCCACUUGCCUGCCGAAGUCUGGGAAAAGUACAGAAAGUGGUUGGGUUCAGAAAACAUUCUGGAGAAGUUUAAGAAGAGAGGCUACACGCCCCAUGAGCCCCUGAAUGAAACUGCCUAUCUGGAGACAAACAUCAUUCUAGACUUGAUGAACUCACCCCUGAUUGCAGAUGAUGAAGUAGUGUCUCAGCUCCGCAAAGCUUGCAUCGUGAGCUGUGAGUAUGAUAUCCUCCAGGACCAUUCGCUGUUGUACAAGAAGAGGCUGGAGGACCUGGGAGUCCCAGUGACUUGGCACCACAUGGAGGAUGGUUUUCACAGGGUGUCGGUCACCCUUGACCUGGGCUGCUUGUACUUGCCCUGCUCCACGAGGAUUCUGAAUGCUGCAGUCCAUUUUAUAAAAGAGUUGUGA